GGUUCUCCUUACCUUCGCCAUGGCCGUGGCGGGAGCGAGGCCGCCGACAAAUGCGCCGGCGGCGGCGCCGGUUGCCUCGGGCCCGGGCAACUGCGACAGCGACCUGCAGGAUCUGAUUACCAACUGCCAGGACUACGUCAAGUUCCCGGCCGACCCCAAGAUCACGCCGUCGGCGGCCUGCUGCGCUGUGAUCCAGAGGGUUAACAUACCGUGCCUGUGCAACAAGGUCACCCCGUCGGUCGAGCUGGUCAUCUGCAUGGACAAGGUCGUGUUCGUCGCUGCCUACUGCAAGAGGCCCUUCAAGUCUGGCUCCAACUGUGGAAGCUUUCACGUUCCUCUUCCGAUCGCAUAAUGCAGCACAUAUUUCUGGUCGAUGAUCCUGAAGAUCGCGGAUGCUAUUUUCCUGCCUUCGCUUUUGUACUAUUUU